AUGAGAAAUAAGUUUUUGUCAUUUAUGAGAAAUUUUCAGAGAGAACCGAAGUUGGUUUUUGCACGCGAUCCCCGUGGGCGAACUGCGUUGCAUCUGGCGUCAUGGAGAGGCCACUAUCAGUGUGUGGAAUACCUGAUCGAGAAGGGGGUAGAAUUGGAAGCGGCUGACGAAAACGGCGCCACAGCUUUGAUGUAUGCUGUAAAGGAGGCAUCCUCGGUGCAUAUCGUGGAAUAUCUUUUGCACAACGGAGCAGAUGUGUCCAAAAAGGAUCGCAACAACAACACAGCUUUACAUCACUGCUGUUUGAGCAAGAGCGAGGAAUGCGGAAAGGCACGUGUUGGCGAAUCAUUUGGAGAAGUACGACUCGAAGAGAGAGAUUUGUAA